UGUAUUUCAAAAAUCUUUCAAAACAGAAACAAAAGGAAGUCAUGGAGAAGAAUGGAAACAACCACAAACUUCGUGUUUGUGUUGCCACUUGCAACCGUGCUGAUUAUUCAAAAUUAGCUCCCAUUAUGUUUGGUAUUAAGGCAGAACCACAGUUCUUUGAGCUUGAUGUUGUAGUGCUUGGUUCCCAUCUGAUUGAUGAUUAUGGUAAUACCUAUCGUAUGAUUGAACAAGAUGACUUCGAUAUUCAUACGAGAUUGCACACCAUUGUGAGAGGGGAGGAUGAGGCAGCUAUGGUGGAGUCAGUGGGCCUUGCAUUAGUGAAGUUACCGGAUGUCCUGAACCGCCUGAAACCUGACAUAAUGAUAGUUCAUGGGGACAGAUUUGAUGCUUUGGCCCUGGCCACAUCUGCAGCCCUGAUGAAUAUUCGCAUUCUUCACAUUGAAGGUGGGGAAGUCAGUGGGACCAUUGAUGACUCUAUCAGACAUGCUAUAACCAAACUGGCCCAUUACCACGUAUGCUGCACAAGGAGUGCAGAGCAGCAUUUGAUAGCCAUGUGUGAAGACCAUGACCGCAUCCUGUUAGCGGGCUGUCCCUCAUAUGACAAGCUUCUCUCUGCCAAAAAUAAGGACUACAUGGGUAUUAUACGCAUAUGGCUAGGUGAAGAUGUCAAAACCAGAGAUUAUAUAGUUGCUCUGCAACAUCCUGUAACCACAGAUAUUAAACAUUCCAUAAAGAUGUUUGAGCUGACGCUAGAUGCACUCAUCUCCUUCAACAAAAGAACACUUGUUCUGUUCCCUAAUGUGGAUGCAGGAAGCAAAGAGAUGGUUCGGGUGAUGAGGAAGAAGGGCAUUGAACAUCAUCCCAAUUUUCGGGCAGUAAAGCAUGUCCCUUUUGAUCAGUUCAUUCAGCUAGUUGCUCAUGCUGGUUGUAUGAUUGGUAACAGCAGUUGUGGUGUCAGAGAAGUGGGAGCAUUUGGUACACCUGUCAUCAACCUGGGGACACGUCAGACAGGAAGAGAAACAGGUGAAAAUGUUCUUCAUGUUCGUGAUGCAGAUACACAGGAUAAGAUUCUGCAUGCCCUACAGCUGCAGUUUGGUAAACAGUAUCCAUGCUCAAAAAUAUAUGGAGAUGGUAAUGCUGUUCCAAGGAUUUUGAAGUUCCUCAAAUCUAUUGACCUCAAAGAGCCAUUGCAAAAGAAAUUCUGUUUUCCUCCUGUAAAAGAUAAUAUCUCUCAAGAUAUUGACCAUAUUCUGGAGACACAGAGUGCUCUGGCUGUGGAUCUAGGUGGAACAAAUCUCCGAGUAGCAAUUGUCAGUAUGAAGGGUGAAAUAGUUAAGAAGUAUACCCAGCUCAACCCUAAAACUUAUGAAGACAGACUAGAAUUAAUUCUAAAGAUGUGUGUAGAGGCUGCAUCAGAGGCAGUAAACGUAAACUGCAGAAUUUUGGGAGUGGGUAUUUCCACAGGUGGACGGGUAAACCCCCGAGAAGGAAUUGUGCUUCACUCUACAAAACUCAUUCAGGAGUGGAGCUCUGUGGAUCUCAGAACUCCAAUAUCUGAUGCUCUGCACCUGCCAGUCUGGGUGGACAAUGAUGGAAACUGUGCUGCUCUAGCAGAGAGGAAAUUUGGUCAUGGAAAAGGAAUAGAAAACUUUGUAACACUCAUUACUGGUACAGGAAUUGGAGGUGGAAUCAUUCAUCAACAUGAAUUGAUCCAUGGCAGUUCUUUCUGUGCUGCUGAGCUUGGGCAUAUUGUUGUAUCUUUAGAUGGACCAGAGUGCCUGUGUGGUAGCCAAGGAUGUAUAGAAGCAUAUGCCUCUGGAAUAGCCUUACAGAGGGAAGCUAAAAAACUGCAUGAUGAGGAUCUCCUUUUAGUAGAAGGAAUGUCAGUGAAGAAGGAGGAGGUUGUUAGUGCUGCACAUCUCAUUCAAGCAGCUAAACUUGGGAACACAAAGGCAGACAGCAUUCUCAGAACAGCUGGGACAGCAUUAGGCCUUGGAGUUGUGAACAUUCUGCACACCAUGAACCCCUCUCUUGUGAUCCUUUCUGGAGUUCUAGCUAGCCACUAUGUUAAUGCUGUCAAAGAUGUGAUAAAUAGACAGGCUCUGUCCUCUGUUAAAACUGUGGAUGUGGUGGUCUCAAAUCUAGCAGAUCCUGCUCUUCUUGGAGCUGCUAGCUUGGUACUGGAUUAUACUACACGUAGAAUAUCCUAG